ACAUUAUUUCCAUCAAGACCUUUCAACCUUCAUUUCUCCACCUAUCCACUGCAGAUUCUCACCAUGCCUAUCUCUAAGAAGGACCGAAGAAACAAGGAGCACAAGAAGGCCGACGCUGCCGGAACUCGAGCUCCCGUCAAGCGAAACGGACUUCCUGUCAAGCCCCCCAAGCCCACAUCAAUCUGCCAAAACUGCCGGAAAGAGAUCGUCAACACCAACAAGCUCCAGCUUGAGGUGCACGCCGAGACUCAUGAUCAGAAGCUCUGGCCCAAGGAGAAGUGCUGGCCCAACGACUUUCCCUAG